GGCCAAGCGCUGUUCCGAGCCUUCCUGCAGAGGGAGUACAGCGAGGAGAACAUCGAGUUCUGGCUGGCCGUCGAAGAUUACCGGAAGACGCGAUCGUCGAAGCAACAAGUGAAAGCCCGGAAAAUCUACAAUGACUAUAUCGCCACCAGGGCACCGAAAGAGAACGUGGACGCGUGUGGGCCUCCCGUCGACGAGCCCCCCUCACCCAUCGACGAGCCUCCCUCACCCACCCAUCACCGAGCCUCCCUCCCACGCUCUCUCGGGGUAUUGGGUGUCGCCAGCUCCCAUUUCUCGAGUGUCAUCCGGUGCUCAUUAACCGGCAUUCUCGGAAUGCAUCGUUUGCCGUCGAGCUCACCCGGGACGAACGAUGCCGUAUCCCCGAGAGGGAAAGGGGAUCGGGGUUAA